GGUGGCAUGGUCUUUGCUAAAGCCUAAAGAACAAGGUGUGGUGAGUGUCAAGUGGGACUUCCUUGGCUUCUCUUAUUGGUUGUUGAGAGAAAAUGGAAAGCUUCACUUCACUUGCUCUCUUUGCUUUGCAUACAUAGGGGCAGACAGAGACAGAGAUCGAGAAAGCAGAUAGCUCUUGAUUAUUGUCCUUUCACUGUGAUAGAGAGUUUCGUACAGGGAAUUUCCAGUUUUUCUCUAGUACAGAAUUCAACUUUAGUUCACUAUCUUCUGAAAACAAUUUCUGGGUGUCUGAGAAUAUGCUGAAAGAUUGAAACUUUGUGUGAAUUUUCACUCAAAUUACUUGUGUUUUCUUGCUCUUCGAAUCUGUGCAGAACCGUUUCUUUGCGCAAAACUUGCCUUGGUAUCAGAGAAUCUGCUAAGAUACUAAGACCUUUGGUGAAAUUCAACUCGAUCAGUUCACUAGUAUCUUCUUGUUCCUUUCCAACUAUUUUGAGACUCGGUGAUUUUCCUGCAUUCAGUUAUUACAAGCAAUCAUGCUUUCAACAAAGUCUGAGUCCGAUAUGACUAGCUUAGCUCCAUCAUCACCAUCAAGGUCCCCAAAGGUUCCUGUGUACUAUGUUCAAAGCCCUUCAAGGGACUCACAAGUCUCACAUGAUGGAGACAAGUCCUCCUCAAUGCAGGCCACUCCAAUUUACAAUAAUAGCCCUAUGGAGUCACCCUCCCACCCCUCCUUCGGCCGGCACUCAAGGAACUCCUCCGCGAGCCGGUUCUCGGGGAUGUUCAGGUCCUCCUCGGGGAGGAAGGGCAGCCGGAAGCAGCAAAGGAACAACGACAAGGGGUGGCCGGAGUGUAAAGUGAUUAUGGAAGAAGGGGAUUAUGAUGAUCUUGAUAAGGCUUUGUCGAGGCGUAUGCAGAUCUUGAUUGCUCUCUUUGGCUUUGUGGUGUUGUUUACUAUCUUCUGCUUAAUCAUUUGGGGAGCAAGCAAGCCUUUCAAAGCUGAGGUUUUAGUCAAGAGCUUGACAGUUAGCAAUGUCUAUGUUGGCGAGGGUUCAGACUUUUCAGGGGUUCCAACAAAGAUGCUGACAGUGAAUGGCUCACUAAGAUUCACUGUACACAACCCUGCUUCAAUUUUUGGCAUUCAUGUUAGCUCCACACCCAUCAAUCUUCUCUAUUCAGACAUUUCUGUUGCAACUGGUCAGUUAAAGAAAUACUACCAGCCAAGAAAGAGCUCCCGAACAGUAUCAGUGAUCUUUGAAGGAACCAAGGUUCCUCUGUAUGGGGCUGGAUCAAGUUUGAAAUACUCUUCGACUGGUGCUUUGGCUCCAAUUCCAUUAACUCUAAAUUUUGAAAUCAAGUCUCGAGGCUACGUUGUUGGACAUCUAGUGAAAACCAAGCACAUAAGGGCAAUCUCAUGUCCUUUGGUUAUAGAUCCCGCUGUCACCAAAGCCCUCAAGUUGAAACAGAGUUCAUGCACUUACGACUGACAUAUAUCUAUAGUCUUUACCUCAAUGAGCAUCAUUGUUGAAGAAACAACCCUACUUUGAGAAUCUGUUACUGCAGGACUAGUUUUGAUAAUUUUCUUUUGUGUAAUGCAUUUGUGCAAAUAAAUGGAUGUAAAUAGGUUGAACUCGUGUAAAUGUACGUUACAUGUAUGAGAUGGUAUUGUUUCUACCA